AUGUUGUACGAUUAUCAGAUCAUGAACAGAUACUUUAAGACAAAGAAGAAUAUGGCUAAGUUAUCAAAAUCAUUGAUGUUUUGUUUACCAUGUAGGUUGGCUGAUCACAUUUUAUCAAAUUAUUAUUUAAAACAAGCAAAUAAAAACGUCACACUUUAUAUUAGUAUUAAUGAACCAAUUUUUUGUGAAGAUGCAAGUUGCCGAAUAAGGUCAAUUUUAUUUCCAAACCAUGUAUAUGGAACCCAAAAUAGUAAAACUAGAAAUUUCAAAUUAUUAAGUUUGGCUUCCAGUAAAAUUAAUAAUUUCGGAACUCCUAAACACUAUAUUAUACUGCACAAAAAUGACAAUAGAACGCUUUUAAUUAUGCUUCAGUACCAUACAUAUUUAAUCUCAUCUACCACUAAUGAGCCAAGCUUCCGAGAAGAAAAUGCACGCAGUGAAUGGUUGAAUAUACACAGAUGCAUGGUAGUCAUGCGUAUAUCAUCAAGCAAAGCAGAAAAAAACUGUACUUUUCUUCAAAUUUCUCCACGAGGACCAAAAUGUGAACCACAAGACCGUUAUGCCUACAUUAGAGCUGAUUUCAUUUCAGUUGACUAUUUGUUUGCUAACAAAAAAAUAAAGAAUUGA